AACACAUUACGUUUGUUCGUAGAGUUAGACCUAUAAUGAAACAAAUUUUGCAUUACACCGUUUUAGCAAGUGGUCCUUUAAGAUAUUUCAAAACAAAGUUCUGAGGAGUUAUUGAUCAGCUGUUGUAGACGAAAGGACCCUGAACAAACAAAACAAGCAGAGUGACUUUUGGAGCUAUUGAUCCAGCUGGUCGGUCUGCUACAACUUGAUCUUCCCCUCAAGCCUAGUUCGUAGCCAGUUCUAUUCGUUUCUCUGUUUUCUCCCUGGGAUCCAUGCAAAAAUGAAAUUAUUUGCGGUGUUGCUAGCGCUUUUUGUGGUUACUGUAUUUGCUGCAGAGGAGUCUUGUUACUUGCGCUGUCAAAACGGCUUUGAUCCUCUCAAAAAAUGCCAGUGUGACGCCAUGUGCAAAUACUAUGGGAGCUGUUGUGCGGAUUUUGACACCACCUGCCGUAACAAAGUCGCGCGUGGGGACACAUUCGAGGCCCCUGAGGAGAUAUUCAACGGCACCCUCUCACCAGAGAACGCUGUUACCACAGUCGAGCCCUCUACAACCACCCUCCCUCCAACCACCCUCCCUCCAACCACCAUUGAUCCCGACUUCACCCUGCCCCCAACCACAGACCCCCCCACCACCACCACACAUGCCCCCACCCCUCCACCCGACCCGGAUGCUGUCCCAUGCAGUGGCCGCACCUUUGAUGCUUUCAUGGAGUCCAAGAAUGGCUCUCUCUACGCCUUCAGAGGUGACUACUUCUUCGAAUUGGAUGAUAGGGCAGUGAAGCCUGGUUACCCCAAGCUCAUCAAGGAUGUGUGGGGGAUAUCAGGCCCCAUCGAUGCAGCCUUCACACGCAUCAACUGUCAGGGGAAGACAUACAUCUUCAAGGGCAACAAGUACUGGCGUUUUGAUGGGGAUGUGCUGGAUGAUGACUACCCCAGGGACAUAUCGGUGGGAUUCGUCAAGAUCCCAAGUGAUGUGGACGCCGCAUUCUCCAUUCCUGCCCCUGGACACAAAGGCAAAGAGAAGGUCUACUUCUUCAAAGGUGACCAGUACUACCAGUAUGAGUUCCAGCACCAGCCGACGCACGAGGAGUGUGUACAGAUGACCAAGGCCUCCCCCUCGCGGCUCUUCACCCAGUACACUGACACCUACUGCCUGAACCCCUGGGAUGAGCUGCUGGAACUCCUCUUCCAAGGCUAUGAGGGCCACAAGAAGGGCCCGCGCUUCAUCUCCAAGGACUGGCAUGGCAUCAAGGCCCCGGUGGACGCCGCCAUGCUGGGACGCCUCUACGUGAUGCCCAAGCCAACCGACGCCCCCUCCGCCGCGGGCAGCAGGAAACGCAGCCGGGGCAGGGGCAGGAACAAGGCCAGGAAGAGCCGCUCUAGCGCCCGCCAAGCACGCUCACUCUUCUGGGAGGACUACGGCUUGGAUUAUGAAGAGAGGUAUUUCGGUGCGACUGAUAAGAAGAAGGAUCGCGGCAGACGGCCCUCCUUGUCCCUGUGGGACUACCUGUAUGAGCCGACGGACCCCGUGGAGAUCACAGACAUCGAGGUGGAGGUGCAUGACAACCCCAUGCCCGCUCAGAACGUCUACUUCUUCAAGAAAGACAAAUACUACAGGAUGGAUCUCCAGACCAAGCGCAUCGACUAUGUGAACCCUCCCUACCCCAGAAACAUCGCCAAGUACUGGAUGGGCUGUAAAGACACAGACGCAGACAAGGCAGAAAAAUGAGUGCUGGUCAGGGCGUCCUAAUUGUAUGCAAUGCACACUAUUUCUUUCUGUGAUUAAUCAAAAACACAUACCCUCAAACUUUUACAUGGUUUAAAAUUGUGAUCAGACGCAGGCUUCUGAGAACAUUUUUGUAACAAGACAUAUUGUACACAGAGAGACAUACGUCCACUUACUUGGUUUUGACAUCUGAAUCUGCAUCUGUUUCUCUGUGUGCCACAGGGAAUGUAGAACCCUACACAGCAGAACACUGACUUCUACUGUAUCUUAACUGAAUCUGAAAAUAGGUUUGAUCAGUCCAUUAGAGCCCAGUCAGAUUUUUUGACUCCCAUGCCCCAUGAGCGGACCGGAAGGUGUGGAAACUUAGGUACCCCAUUGAGCAGACCUCAAAAGGUGUCUGAGGUAUCUGUACGGUAACUACAAACGUUUGUAGAACAGUAGCCUACUUCUUGUGUUGGAGUAAUGAAAGCAUAUUUUUGGUUUAGUUUGGUUGCCACUGCACAGCGACAAUGAAAGUCAAUAAAAGUCUGUAGUCUUAAACAAAAAGAACCAUGUUUAGCAUGUUUCAGAAUAAUACAAAUAUGUACAGUACAUAGAAACCCUGCCUGGAGGCUAUGUUGCUUUGCUUCUGUGUCCAAAGUAGAACUAUACAUUUGCUGAAAUAAAAGUACUUGUGUGUGAAAACUCACUGAAAAGGUCUUAA